GAGUCUGUGUCAGAUGUGCCACGACCUCUCUUUGGAAAAGUUUGCAAGCUCUCGUCUUGGCUUAGAGCCUGAAUCAGUUCAUACUGCUCCAGUCUCCAGAUACCGUGAAGAGGCAGAGCCGCGCUUUAAAACCCGCCCUCCAGAAAGAUCUCAUUUCCCCUAAAACCUCCCAUUUUCCUCUCUCUCUCUCUAUUCCUCUCUCUCUCUCCUUCUCCCUCUCUCUCGCUCGUCUCCCUCCGUCUUUACCUCUAUUUCUGUUCUUUUGCUCUAUCCCCCCAAUUGCGAAUCAUGGACGUAGCGACGAGGGGUUUGAUUCUGCUCUCUUGCCUCUGCGCGAUAUCUGCGAUCGAUUUGGAGGUGGUAGAACCGAGCUACUAUGUGGAGCCUUCAGCCUCUUUGGACGUGAUCGACUACAAAGAUCCCUGCAAAGCUGUGGCGUAUCUGGGGGACAUUGCUCUGGAUGAAGAGGACAUGCGGAUGUUUAAAGUGGACCGUAUCGUGGACAUGACGCACAGAACACUCAACACAACACACACAAGAUCUCAGGCCAAUGAGGGGAGUCCAAACACAGCUGUGCCAAAUCAAGCGGGCUCUCGCCGCAGAAAGCGGGCGGCGACCUCCAGACCGGAGAGGGUGUGGCCUGAGGGGGUCAUUCCUUAUGUCAUCAGCGGCAAUUUUAGUGGCAGUCAGAGAGCCAUUUUCCGCCAGGCGAUGAGACACUGGGAGAAACACACUUGUGUGACUUUCAUUGAGAGGACGCAGGAGGAGAGCUACAUCGUAUUCACCUACCGGCCGUGUGGGUGCUGUUCGUAUGUAGGGCGUCGGGGAGGAGGACCACAGGCCAUAUCCAUCGGGAAGAACUGUGAUAAGUUCGGAAUCGUGGUGCAUGAGCUGGGUCAUGUGAUCGGCUUCUGGCACGAGCACACGCGGCCAGACAGAGACGAACACGUCAGCAUCAUCAGGGACAACAUUCAGCCAGGACAGGAGUAUAACUUCCUGAAGAUGGAGCCGGGGGAGGUGGACUCUCUGGGGGAGGUUUACGACUUUGACAGUAUCAUGCACUACGCCAGAAACACUUUCUCCAGAGGGAUUUUCCUGGACACAAUUCUGCCGAAGUAUGAUGUGAAUGGAAUCCGGCCACCCAUUGGCCAGAGGACCAGACUCAGCAAAGGAGACAUCGCACAGGCCCGCAAACUUUACAAAUGCCCAAGAUGUGGAGACAGUCUUCAGGAGAGCAGUGGAAAUUUCUCAUCUCCGGGUUUCCCAAACGGAUACUCUGCAUACAUGCACUGUAUCUGGAGGAUCUCAGUCACUCCUGGGGAAAAGAUUAUUCUCAACUUCACUUCCAUGGACCUGUACAGGAGUCACUUGUGCUGGUAUGAUCACGUGGAGAUUCGAGACGGGUACUGGAGAAAAGCUCCGCUCAAAGGUCGUUUCUGUGGAGACAAACUCCCUGAGCCGAUCAUCUCCACUGACAGUCGACUGUGGAUUGAAUUUCGAAGCAGCAGUAACUGGGUGGGCAAAGGUUUCUCUGCCGUGUAUGAAGCUAUCUGCGGCGGAGAGGUGAAGAAGGACAAUGGACAGAUCCAGUCUCCCAACUACCCUGACGACUACCGACCCAACAAAGUCUGCGUGUGGAAGAUCACCGUUGCCCAGGGUUACCACGUUGGCCUCACCUUCCAGUCCUUUGAGAUUGAGAGACACGACAGCUGUGCCUAUGACUACCUGGAGGUGCGGGACGGAAAUUCGGAGAACAGCCCCCUUUUGGGCCGGUUCUGCGGCUACGACAAACCUGACGACAUCAAGACCAGCUCCAACCAGCUGUGGAUGAAAUUCGUCUCCGACGGGUCUGUCAACAAGGCCGGCUUCGCCGCCAACUUCUUCAAAGAGAUGGACGAAUGUUCUCGACCGGACAACGGCCGUUGUGAGCAGCGCUGUGUGAACACGCUGGGCAGCUACAAGUGCGCGUGCGACCCCGGGUACGAACUGGCCGCAGACAAACGGAGCUGUGAGGCUGCGUGUGGCGGCUUUAUCACCAAACUGAACGGGUCCAUAACCAGUCCGGGCUGGCCCAAGGAGUACCCCCCCAAUAAGAACUGUAUCUGGCAGCUGGUGGCCCCCACUCAGUAUCGCAUCACUCUGCUCUUCGACGUCUUUGAGACAGAGGGCAAUGAUGUGUGUAAGUAUGAUUACGUGGAGGUGAGGAGUGGACUUUCUGCGGACUCCAGACUGCACGGAAAAUUCUGCGGAGCAGAGAAACCCGAAGCCAUCACCUCACAGUACAACAACAUGCGGAUUGAGUUCAAAUCUGACAACACCGUCUCGAAGAAAGGAUUCAAAGCACAGUUCUUCUCAGAUAAGGACGAGUGUUCGAAGGAGAACGGUGGAUGUCAGCAUGACUGUAUCAACACGUUUGGCAGUUACAGCUGUCAGUGUCGCAGUGGUUUUAUACUGCACGAAAAUAAACAUGACUGCAAGGAGGCUGGCUGUGAUCAUGUCGUCAACAGCGUAUCUGGCACCAUCACCAGUCCCAACUGGCCUGAUAAAUAUCCCAGUAAGAAAGCCUGCACCUGGGCUCUCUCCACCACGCCUGGACACCGAAUCAAAAUCACAUUCAACGAAAUCGACAUGGAGCCCCACAUGGAAUGCGCGUAUGACCACGUGGAGAUUUACGACGGGCGCGACGGCAAAGCCCCCAGCCUCGGGCGCUACUGCGGCAGCAAGAAACCUCCACCCAUCACGUCCAGCAGCAACAAGAUGUUCAUCCGCUUUUUCUCCGACAACUCGGUGCAGAAGAAGGGCUUUGAGGCGUCCCACACAGCAGAGUGUGGCGGUAGACUGAGGGCAGAGGUGAAGACUAAAGACCUGUACUCCCAUGCCCAGUUUGGGGACAAUAACUACCCCGGGGCGUCGGACUGCCAGUGGGUGAUUUCUGCGGAGAAGGGUUACGGGGUGGAGCUGAUCUUCCAGACCUUUGAGAUCGAGGAGGAGGCCGACUGCGGCUAUGACUACAUGGAGCUGUUUGACGGCGCCGACACCAAAUCACCCAGACUGGGCCGUUACUGUGGAUCAGGGCCUCCAGAGGAGAUCUACUCUGCAGGAGACUCGAUCGUGAUCAAGUUCCGUUCCGACGACACCAUCAACAAGAAAGGGUUCCAUGUGCGCUACACCAGCACCAAAUUCCAGGACACACUCCACUCCCGCAAGAAGUGACCAGCGGUGGCCGGGAAGUCCCGUGCGGGGCCGCGGGGGAAACGAAGGGGCCCCAGGGGGAGGCGCCAGCCCGUCGCGCGGACACCCCCGGCCGCCAAGAACACCCAGACUCGACGGACCAGCCGAAAGACCACCAACCGAACCUCAGUCAUGCCCAGGGGCUCUGUCAAACCCCAGUGAACUGUGAGGAAUAUAAGCCAUUCCACAGUAGACCUUGUUUUUACAUUGUUUGGGUUUUUUUUAAAGGAUGAUUAUGGUUAAGAGGAAGGGAGGUUUUUGUUUUUGGGGUGGGAGGGUGGAGUAUUUUGGAUUAUAUUGCGUCGGGGAAUAUAUGGGAGGGGCUUAGGGAGGUGGUAGAUGAGGAAGAGAAUUAUUGAUCAAAUGAUCACC